AUGCUGCUGGGCGGCGGCGGCGGCGACCCUGUUCCCACGGGCAGAUCGCAGGGGCAGGACCCGAUUUGGCCCACCUUCGGCAAAACUGGGGAGAAGAAGGGGGGGAGAGGGGUGGGGAGGCUGGCUGCCUCUCAAGAGGGGGCUGCUGUCCCAGAGGAGGAGGAGAAGGAGACGGAGGAAGAGGAGGCGAAGAAGCAGCAGCAGCAGCAAGAGGAGGAGAAGCAGCAGGAGGAGGAGAAGGAAGAGAAGAAGAAGCCGCCUCUCAGCGCCUCUCCUCCUCCUCCCUCUUCUUCCAGGGAUUCGCCAGAGAGGAGUUGCGUUGAGUCAUCAAGCAAAAAUCCACGAACCCAUUUGUUGCCUUCUUCGAUUACCACAGUGGCCACAACAAUGAACCAGAGCUCAGAGUACGGAUCUAUUCCAGGAUUUUCUAACUUGUCCUGCCUGGAACAACGCCCACAGCAAAACCAUCCCUCCCACAAAUGGGACAGAAUUACCCCAUGGAGUGUGUGUAUUUGGAUACUGUGCACCAUCAAAGUCUGCCUGUCUGGAAAAAAAAUCUAAUUUGCUGAACCAUC